AUGCUCAUCAAGGAAUACCGUGUCGUCAACAAUUGCACCCAAUCAGAGUAUCAAAUUGGUCAGCUCUAUGCAACUGCUAUGGCUUCCAAGGAACAAACGGGUGGUGGUGAAGGAGUCGAAGUCAUCAAAAACGAGCCAUAUGAGAAAGAGAAUGGUGAAAAGGGCCAGUAUACCUACAAGAUCUUUCGCUUAGCCUCACGGGUACCCGGCUUUGUACGUGCAUUGGCACCUGCUGGUGCAUUGGAUCUAUAUGAAGAGGCAUGGAACGCUUACCCAUACUGCAAAACAGUAUUGAAGAAUGGCUACAUGAAGGACAACUUUUCCAUUGUUUAUGAAACCUUGCAUGUGGACAAGUCCCGUGGCGAGCUUACCAAUGCACUUAAAAUCUCGGAUGCUGAUCUCAAGAAGCGAGAAGUGAUUUUGAUUGAUGUUGCCAACGACAAGGUUGAUCCCAAGGAGUACAAGCCUCAAGAAGAUCCUAGAUUGGUGCAUUCAACCAAAACUGGACGUGGACCCUUGACUGAAAAGGAUUGGAUCAAGACGUGUGAGCCUGUCAUGACAUGCUACAAGUUGGUGUACAUUGAAUUCAAGUGGUUUGGUAUUCAAGGCAAGGUCGAAUCUUUCCUUUCAAAGACGAUCCAUAACCUAUUCCUCAAGUUCCACAGGCAAUUGUUCUGCUGGAUGGAUCAAUGGUAUGGUAUGUCGAUUGAAGAUAUCCGAGAUCUGGAGGAGCAAAUCAAGAAGGAUUUGGAUGUUCAACGUAAGGAAGGACCUGCUGUGGUUGUCCCAUCGCCUUCGGAUUCUGCCAGUAUUGCCAGUAGUAGUAGACAUCAAUAG